AUGGCUGCCCCCGGAUCAGGCACACCAAGGUCCCGGCAGGAUGUAAAGAAAAAAUGGCAUGAUUUUUCAAGCCAGGUUAAGGUGAGAGGUUCUGCUGUCCUUAGAGACCGGGCGAGGACAGGUGCGGGGACUAGUUCAGUGCAACCCUUAACAGCACUUGAGGAGAAGGCACUGGCGAUCAUGGGAGACAUAGUCUUACAUGGAAUCCCUGGGGGGAUUGACGUUAGAAGAGGUGAACAGGCCUCAUGUUCCAGGUCAUCGCCUUCCCCCAAUGUGCCAUGCUCCCCAGACACCGAGCCACCUGCAGCACUCUCCUGGCAGCCCCGAGCCGGAAGGACGCAGACGUCACGUUCGGCAGACGCAGACGAGACGUUCGGCAGGCGAACGAGUGAUGUGGCAGACGCAGACGAGGCGUUCGGCAGACGCAGACGUCACGUUUGGCAGACGCAGACGUCACGUUCAUUGAGACGAGUGCAUGUUGCAAAGUUAUAUUUAAGAGCCUAUCGGAACGCCAUACAUCGCUACACGACAUCACGACGUCGCUCCACAAUCUCACCAUGUCGGUGUAGUGAAGAGUUGGUGAACAUUGAAAAGGAGAAGUUGGUCGUGUUACAGGACAUUCAGCGCCAGUUGACCGUAGCAAAUGAGCUCUCUCGCCAGUCUCUGGAGCUGAAGAGAGCCAAGCUGGAACUGGCCAAGCAGCAGCAUGCCCUAGCAGAGGCACAAUUCAACAGGCCCCAAUCUCAGUACCAAUCUUGCUGCCAUCUGAAGAUGCUGAGCAACAGUCACACCAGUGACCGUGUCUGUGUGUGUUUGUAUGCGCAUUUUCAUUAAAAAUGCUUG